AUGUGGCCUCUGCAGGUCCGUUUGAAAGCUCACAAGCAAUGGAUCGAUCAACGCAAUGCUGGUCUUGAGGCCAAGCUGAAUGCCUUGAUGAGGCAGUACUAUGAAAAAUCGCAGGCUAUUCGCAAGUGCACUGCUAAUUAUGAGGCCAAGAUUUGUAGACAAAACCGAGUUGUUGGCAUGACAAGUACUGCUGCCGCUAAAUACCACGAUUUAUUGGAAGAGAUGCGUCCCAGAGUCAUGGUGGUAGAAGAAGCUGCUGAAAUGCUGGAGUCUCAUAUUAUUUCUGCAUUGACCAACUCACUGGAACAUCUCAUCUUGAUUGGUGAUCAUCAGCAACUGAGACCCUCUACUUCAGUUCACGAACUGGCUGAGAAUCAUGCCCUGGGUGUUUCUCUCUUUGAGCGUCUUGUAAUGAACAAUUUCCCUUUUACUCGUCUGUCUCAUCAAAGACGUAUGCGUCCUGAAAUUCGCGCAUUGAUCAACCCCAUCUACAAAGACCCUCCACUCAUGGACCAUCCAGACGUGGCAGCCUAUCCUCCCAUUCUUGGUAUGGAUCAAUCUCUAUACUUUUUGGCUCACAAUGAGGACGAAACCAACAUGAGCGAAUCUGCUUCCAAGGUGAAUGAGCAUGAAGCCAAAAUGGCAGCCAAAUUAGCCGUCUAUUUGAUACUGCAAGGUUACCAGCCUGAAGAAAUUACCAUCAUUACCAUGUACUCAGGUCAAAAGACCAUGAUCAAGCGUGCUCUUUGCGAAGAGAGAAGACCUGAUGUUGAUCCAGGGCCAAUCCUGGUGAGCAGUGUGGAUGGCUAUCAAGGUGAAGAGAACAAGAUUGUCAUUCUGUCUCUGGUCCGUAGUAAUGCUGCUGGUCAAAUUGGUUUCUUGAAGGUGGUCAAUCGUGUGUGUGUUUCCUUAUCUAGAGCUCAGCAUGGCUUCUAUAUACUCGGCAAUGCUCGACUCUUGUGUGAAAAGAGUGAUCUCUGGAAUGAGAUUGUUGGCAACUUGGAAGAACAGAAUGGAAAUAUGAUUGGCACCAAACUAGUUCUCAAGUGUCAACGCCAUGGCCAACCCACAGAGAUUCAAUGGCCUGUUGACUUUACAACAGUUGAGGAGGGCGGCUGUCAGCAACAAUGUAAUGAGAUGUUGCCCUGUGGUCACAGAUGUACCUUAAAGUGUCACCCUUACGAUCACAGCGAUUACCGCUGCAAACAACAGUGCGAAAAGAUUUUAAAUUGCAACCACCAAUGUAUGCGUCGCUGUUGUGAAGCAUGUGGGCCUUGCAUCAAGCCAUUGAGCUGCAAGUUGCCAUGUGGACAUACACUUGACUCUGAAUGUGGUAAAAUUAGACGCCUUGCCGCUUCUCCUAGAGGUGAAAGAUGCCCUUUUUGUAAUGCCCCUCUUAGAUAA